UCCAAUGAGUUUUGCAGUUUUUCAGCCUUCAGGACAGUAAGAAAAGCCAGACAUGACCGAGGUAGAAGGACCAGGCACUGUUACCCUCACAGAGUCCAGACAUCUUGAGGUUUGAUGGCAUAUUUUGGUCUUCAGUUCUCAUGAUGCUCAACAGUGAGGACAGAUAGCUCCUUAGUCUACCGUGACUUUCACGCUCAGUCUGUUGUUUCUUAAUUUUUUCCCUCCUUUUUGUUUAACUGUCGGGAGGUGAUUGCGGUACUGCUACUACAUUUCCGCUGGGAUAGCAUCUCUGUUUCCGUGCUCUGCUCUGAACCACCUCCUCCAUGCUGACGGAGCCGUGUGGAGCCAUGGGCUCAGACAUUCAAGAGCUCACCCUUCUACCUCCGGCGCCUCCCGUGCACACCUUAGCUGGCAGCGGCGGAGGUUGUGGUAUGUCUGUGGGCAGUGGCCAGUGGACUAAUCUGCUGGACCUCCACCCUGGCUCUCCGUACAGCUCCCUGCCCAGCCACCACUCCCUCAUCAAACAAGAACCAGGCUGGGGGAUCUCUGACGCCGUCGAGGACCCUCACUGUGGGCUUGGGGCCUUCACUGUGCACUUCUCUGGACAGUUUACAGGCUCGGGUCCCUGUCGGGUCGGAGCAUUUGGAGAGGCAACUGCAGGACAACCCACAGUGUUCCCCGGGGGGACCUACCUGCCCGGCUGCCUGGACAGUCCCCCAGCACCCAGGAACCAAAGUUAUGGAGCACUCACUUUGGACAACAACCCCACUUACGGACACACGCCAUCUCAUCUCAGUCCUCAGCUGUCCAGCCUGUCCUUCAAACACGAGGACUCAGUGUCCCCACCCAACAGCAUGGUUGACCAGCAGUUCAGCGCUCCUCCUCCCAUGUUCGGGUGCCACAGUGCCUCCGAGUCCUGUCCAAGCAGCCAAGCUCUACUGCUGAGAAACUACAACAGUGACAACCUGUACCAAAUGGCAUCUCAGCUGGACUGCGUAACAUGGAACCAAAUGAACAGCCUGACAUCGUCCAUGAAGAACAGUGUCUCUGGGACCAGCUACGACAGUGACCCAGCUCCUCCUGCUCCUGCUCCUGCUCCUGCUCCUCCUCCUGUGCUCCUCAGCUGCAGUGCACAGUACCACAUACACACACACGGGGUCUUCAGAGGGCUUCAGGACGUCCGAUCGCUGCCUAACGUUGCGUCUCCAGUUGUGAAGUCAUCAGAGAGCGGUAAGAAGCGCCCGUUUGUGUGCGCUUAUCCCGGCUGCAGCAAGAGAUACUGCAAACUGUCACAUCUGCAGAUGCACGGCCGCAAACACACCGGAGAGAAGCCUUAUCAGUGUGAUUUCACCGAAUGUGGCCACAGUUUCUCACGUUCGGACCAGUUAAAGAGACAUCAGCGCAGACACACAGGAGUGAAGCCUUUUCAGUGUGAGACGUGUCAAAGAAAAUUUUCACGGUCAGAUCAUCUUAAGACACACACACGGACUCAUACAGGUAAAACAAGUGAAAAGCCUUUUACCUGCCACUGGUCCAACUGUCAGAAAAAGUUUGCCCGCUCCGACGAGUUGGCGCGCCACCACAGCAUGCACCAGAGGAAUCUAACCAGGCUGCAGCCUGUCGUCUGAGCAGGGAGAACAGGAUGAGGACAAAGACGUAGGGGACAGUACGGUCUGCCAGCUGGUACAGAAAGACACUGGAGUCUGGUCAGCGGUUAUGGUGGCUUGUCAGACUUGUUGCAGUGGUGAGCAUCACACGUUUCCCUCAGCUGAUG